AUGCCCCCAAAACGAACCCUAAAAUACUAUCUCUUCCUCAAACCCAUCGCCCUCCUCCUCCGCACGCUGGCCCACACCCUCGCCCCCCGCAUAACCCCAACCCCAAACGAAACCCUUCACAUCCCCUCCCGCGACCCCCAAAGAACCAUAAAAGUCCACGUCUACAGUCCCCCAAACCCACCCCCCGGCAAACCCGACAAAGGCCCCCUCCACAGCACACCCACGCCCCGCCCCGUCCUCCUCAACUUCUGCGGCAGCGGCUACAUCAUCCAAGGCCACGGCCUGGACAACACGUACUGCAGGCAUAUCGCCACGAACACACCCUACACGGUCUUCGACGUGCAAUAUCGCAUGGCACCCGAACACCCCUUCCCCGCUGCUCUGGAAGACGCAGAAGAUGUCCUUGCGUAUGUGCGCUCGCAGCCGGAGAUCUAUGAUGUGAGUCGAGUGGGGUUGAGCGGGUUUUCUGCUGGGGGGAAUUUGGCGACGAGUCUUGCGGCGAAUCAUGAGGGCCCGUUUAGGGUGCUUGUGGCGUUUUAUCCGGUUGUGGAUGCUACGAGGCCCCUUGAGGAGAGGAGGGCGCCCGAGGUUGGGGGGUGGGCUUUGCCCGGGUGGUUUGUGAGGUUCUGUACGGUUGCUUAUUUGAGUAGGGAGUUUGAAGGGGGGGAUGUGAGGAUUUCGCCGAUUGGGAGGGCGGUUGGGGGGGAUUCUGGUGACCGGGGGUGGAGGGUUGAGAGGGUCUUGUUGGUUUCUGCUGCGAGGGAUUUGUUGGCGCUGGAGGUGGAGGAGUUGGGCGGGUUGCUUCUGAAGGGGGGGGAUGGGGAGUUUUUGAAGAAGGUUGUUGUUGAGCGGGUUGAUGGGGUGGGUCAUGCUUGGGAUAAGGUGGCUAAGGAGGGGACUGUGGAGUGGGAGAAGAUGAUGAGGGCUUAUGGGAUGGUCGUGGAUUUGUUGAACUAA